ACCAUUGUUGCGUGUUUGGUUAUAUCUCUUCUUUUUCUUCUCUCUUACCUAAAUCAAGGGAUUUGUUCUGAUCAAACUUUUGAACAGAAUUAACAACAAAUCCCUAGAAGAAUCUGACCAUCCCUUCUUCAUCUUCUUCUCUUGAAGAUUUAAGCUCUGCAAAAAUCGUGUGAAGCUUUUGAAAUUUGGUGAAAUAGAUCGAGAAGGUACAACGAAAAUGGGCUCAGAGCAGAACAACAGCACAAGUUUUCCACCAACAGAGCCAAAGCUCUGUGAUAACGGAUGUGGAUUCUUUGGGUCACCAUCCAACAUGAAUCUGUGUUCGAAAUGUUACAGAAGCUUACGUGCUGAGGAAGAUCAAACCGCGGUAGCGAAAGCUGCGGUGAAGAAGUCUUUAAAGCUUCCAUCUUGCAGUAUCAUUGCACCGGGACAAAAACAUCCUCUGGAAAUUAAACCAGCGCAUUUGGAAACCGUUGUUGUAACCGCUGAGCCGUCUUCGGUACCUGUAGCUACGGAACAGGACGAGGCAGAGCCAUCGAGACCUGUACGACCUAACAGGUGUUUCAGCUGUAACAAGAAGGUUGGGGUAAUGGGUUUUAAGUGCAAAUGCGGUAGCACGUUUUGCGGGAAUCAUAGGUACCCGGAGAAGCAUGAGUGUAGCUUCGAUUUCAAAGAAGUUGGACGUGAUGCAAUCGCAAAGGCGAAUCCUUUGGUUAAGGCGGAUAAAGUCCAGAGGAUUUGAAAAAAAAACUUUGUUCUUUCUAAGUAUUUCUUUGUCUUCUGCAUUUGAUCAGUUUCUUCCGGGGAUGUUGAUGUGAUGUGAUCAUGUUCGAUGUUUGGUUUCCAUGAAUCAAAAUGAAAAUUGCUG